GGAUUAGUGAAUUCCAGCCUUUGUUUUCUAGGGUUUGAGCUUGCACUUGCACUGCUCGCUGCUCUCAUCUUCUCUCUCUCUCUCUCUCUCUGCAGCUGGAGUUGCUCGAGUCCUGACUGCCAUAGAAGACUACUCCAAGGUCGCAGGUUCUCUACUCCACGUCAUCUUUCUCGACUCGUGCGGGUCGGUUCUGGCGUUCCACACCAGCGACGCUCCGCUAUUUGGGAACGCCGGCGUUCCAUUUCGCGGUUCGCCGACACAGUGACGGUUGUUUGGGGCUAGCGAUUGUGCUGCGGUCAUGGAUGCUUUGAGGAGCUACGGAGUUUGCUUGAGGGAACCCGCUCUCCGGUCGCCGCGCCUUAGAAGGGGCGAUGCUUACAAGAGGAUUAAGAGGGGGCAUUACAAGUUUCUCACCACCCACAGCAAUGCUUUCGGGAGGAAUGUGCAAUGGAGGUUUCCGCGAGCAGCUGUCCUACCUAAUUUUCAUCUCCCUAUGCGUAGUUAUGAAGUUAAAAACAGGACAUCGACAGAGGAUAUAAAGGCUCUUCGAUUGAUAACGGCCAUCAAGACGCCAUACUUACCAGAUGGCAGAUUCGAUCUUGAAGCAUAUGAUGACUUGAUUAACAUGCAGAUUGUACAAGGUGUAGAAGGUGUAAUUGUCGGUGGCACGACUGGUGAGGGUCAACUGAUGAGUUGGGAUGAGCACAUCAUGCUAAUCGGUCACACAGUUAAUUGUUUUGGUGGAUCAAUCAAGGUGAUUGGAAACACUGGAAGCAACUCAACCCGUGAAGCAAUUCAUGCCUCUGAGCAAGGGUUUGCUGUAGGAAUGCAUGCUGCUCUUCACAUUAAUCCGUACUAUGGAAAAACCUCCCUGGAGGGCUUGAUCUCUCACUUUGAUUGUGUGCUGUCUAUGGGCCCCACCAUCAUUUAUAAUGUGCCGACGAGAACCGGCCAAGACAUUCCACCCUGUGUCAUUCACACCUUGGCUAAGAGUCCCAAUUUGGCGGGCGUUAAGGAAUGCGUUGGGAAUGACCGGGUUAAACAAUAUACAGAUAAUGGCAUUGCUGUCUGGAGUGGGAAUGAUGAUGAGUGCCAUGAUGCCAGGUGGAACUAUGGGGCUAUGGGAGUUAUAUCUGUCACUAGUAACUUGGUUCCAGGAUUAAUGCGGGAACUCAUGUUCGGAGGGAAGUAUCCGUCUCUUAACUCGAAGCUCAUGCCUUUGAUAGAGUGGCUGUUUCACGAGCCGAAUCCAAUUGGCUUAAAUACUGCCCUUGCCCAGCUUGGAGUUGCGAGACCUGUUUUCCGUCUACCUUAUGUACCACUUCCUCGGGCUAAGAGAGUGGAAUUUGUGAACCUAGUUAAGGAGAUUGGGCGGGAGUAUUUCGUUGGCAAUAAAGAAGUUGAGGUCCUCAACGAUGAUGACUUCAUCUUGAUCGGUCGGUACUAGUGUCUGGUGUAAUCUUCAUCCUGGAGACGGGUAUGUUUCUGGGAAAAGGAUGUCAAAACAAACCAAAUAGUGAACAAUAAAGUGCGUUGGAGCUUCGGCCUAUGAUUUUUGUGAGUUCAACAUGGAUCUGUAGCUGUGACUACUUGAGUCAAUGAAACAUAUUAUGUACCAAUAGAUUUUCGUUCUGCAGUUGGUAGACAACAACAGGUGUGCUGAUUGGUUUGUAAAUUUUGCUUUGAGGUACUUUCUAUGUUAGUCGAACGGUUUAUCGACUCUUUCCGCUGUAAUUUCUUUUGAUUAUAGCAGAUCAAGGUAGAUCUUUUAUCUGCAUUUAA